GCCUGUCAAUCCUGGGGAUGCAAAGGGGUUGCUGCCCUGUGGGGGGGCUUAAGAGUUGCUCAGGUGACAGAAGUCCCCCUCCCUGCGCUCUCCUCUUCUCUCCUCCCCUACUGGGCAGAAGGUACCUAGAGACCUUCCUACCUGAAGUCAUGUUAUGAUCAGGUAGCUGAACCAGGACUCAGAAGGUCUUGGUCUCCACAGGACUCUGACACUAACUUGUUACGCAACUUUGAACCUUCCUCUGGGCCUCAUUUUCCUAGUUAUAAUAGAACAAAUGCUGUUUGCUAAUUGUGAUAAUGAGGCGAUAUAAAAGAUUAUUAUUUUCUAAGACUUUGGUCAAAGGGCUAGGUCCAUGGUAAAGAUGAAGCCUUAUAACUUGUGGAAUUACAGUUUAGAGUUGAGGGGGACCCCAGCAUGAAUCCGGCAUCUGCACAGAUGACGAAUAUAUCUGGGGACUAUGCUUUGUGGCUUACACAGUAUUUCUUUAGCAUUGUCUUAUUCGAUCUCACAACAAUACCUCAGAUUUACAGAUAAAGAUAUGGACCCAGUGAACCUGUAUAACUCAUUCAACCUCACACAUGGGUCUAGAGCACUGAGUGGAGGUGGGAAAGAGGUGGUCCUGGGCUGGAAUCCCAGCUCUACUCGGACCCUGGGCAAGUCCCUUUAGUUAUCUACACAUCAGUUUUCUUAUUGUUAAACAGGAAGAUUAAAUAUUCAUCAUGGGGUUUUGGUGAAGAUUAAAUGAGAUAAUUUGUGGAGGAGCUUAGUGUUGAAAUGGAUGCAAAGGAGGUACUGAACAAGGUAAAACCAAAACUCACUAGGAAACUGCAGGGCUCCUACUUCAGUGCUCCUUGUCCCCCACUAAGCAGUUUCUUUUCCUGACCCUCCUCGUUCAUGUCACAGCUGAGGCACCCUGGUUGAAGAAGUGAGCUGCACAUUAGGAGGCUACUCUAAGUACGCAGCUUGGUCUCAGGUGACCUGCAAGAGUUAAUUACUGCCUUGGGGACAAAUGCACCAGCUGCCAAAGGGAAAAGCUUCCCAGUAGUUGGCCCAAUGAACUGAUAGGAGGAGGAGCCCGGCUCGUGCUCAGGCGGUCAGGAGUGCUGAGACCACAGGCAGAAAGAAGCCUGGCAGGUCUGCCCCGGGGCAGACAGAUUGCCAGCGCUUGGUGGGGUCCAAGCCCUGGGACUGGCCUAAAACAGGUGGUGCUUUUGCCUACCAGCUGGUCCUUGGCAUCCUGUCAAACUGCCUUUACAUCCAGCCCUUAAAAAGAACAACACGGAAACAGUGCUGGAGCAGGACUCAGUGUGCUAGAGGAAGCAACCAUGCAGGUGCUGACCAAGCGCUACCCCAAGAACUGCCUACUGACUGUCAUGGACCAGUACUCAGCCGUGGUGCAUAACAUGGAGCAGGUGGUGAUGUUCCCCAGCCUUCUGCAGGACCUGCAGCUGAAUGCACAGCCUGGGGCCCCCAGUCUCUACAACUACUUCACCAUGCUCAAGGCCAUCCGAAUUGAUGUGGAUCAUGGGCUGCAGCCCCGAGAAGAGUGGCAGGUCAAGACGGCAGGUGGUCAAACCAAUGUGGCUGAGAAGGAAGCUGCAGAGACGGAGAAGGGUGAGGAGGAGGUCAUGGGGCAGCUGGACCUAGAAGCCCAGUUCCAUCUGCACUACACUAGCCUUCAUCACAUCCUUACCCACCUUACCUUGAAAGCUGAGGAGGUGACGAGGAUAUACCAGGAGAUAACAGGACAGACCGUUUAGGCCUCGGACUCUAGGAAAGACUCUGUGAUGAAGACACGGAGCAGCCCACUAGCCCUCAUGACGAAACCAGAAAGGCCAGACCUGCAGCUGGAAGUGAGGCGACAGUUUUCUGAGAUGUUCCCUAACCCCACUUUGAGCACCAGUUCCUGGACUCAUCACUGGGUUACUUUUAGGAUGCUAUUCACAACUCCCCCUCACCUCUCUUACCAGCUUGGGAUAAUGGUCAGUGGUUCAUGAGGGACUAGAUGUUACCUAGCAAUGUGAUACAUUAGGAAGAGCAUAGGUUUUAGCAUCUUCCUGACUCUUAGAACUUACUAUGUGAUCUUGGGCAAGUUAUUUAACUGGUUGGAACCUAGAUUUCAUUAUCCAUAACAUGGGGAUAUUGCCUGCCUCAAAGUCAUUCUAGAAAUUAAACAGGAUAGAAUCAAAAGCACCUGGCAUGUGCGUGCUAUUACAAGUUCAUUUUUUCUUCCCACUCUCACCUUGUGUUUGCUCUAGCUUUUGUUUUUUUAAUACUCC